AUAGCGGAAAUGGCGGCCCCCACUGAAGAUGAGUUUCUAAGGGAGAAGCACAUUAAAUUUUUUAAUCGAUGCAUUGACGUUUUGCCUCAUCAGUAUUCUACAAUGGAUACUAACAGGUUAACUAUAUUGUUUUUUGCAAUAUCUGGAAUGGAAAUUUUAAACAGCCUUGACACAAUAAAGAAUAAAAAAGAAGAGAUUGUUGAUUGGAUAUAUUCACACCAAGUUCUUCCCAAUGAAUCAGCUUCCAACCUAUCAAAUUGUGGCUUUAGAGGAUCUGCGACAAUAGGUGCUAAAUUCAACCCAACGCAGACGAGCUGUGAGGCGGCGAUCGCCUACGACUCGGGUCACAUCGCGCAGACGUACACCGGUCUGCUCUGCCUCAUCAUCCUGGGCGACGAGCUGACGCGUGUGAACAGGAGAGCAUUGUCGGCCGGCCUCCGAGCUUUGCAGCUGGAAGACGGCAGUUUUAAGGCCACACUGGAGGGCAGCGAGAAUGACAUGAGGUUCGUUUACUGCGCGUCGUCUAUCUGUUAUGUGCUGGACGACUGGACAGGGUUUGACGUUGACAGGGCUGCACACUAUAUCUACCGAAGCCAGUCCUAUGAUGGUGGCAUAGGACAAGGACCGGGACUGGAAUCUCACGGUGGUUCAACGUUUUGUGCAAUUGCUUCGCUGGUGCUCAUGGAUAGACUGCACAUGACUUUCUCGAGAGUAGAACUGGACAGGAUUCGUGAAUGGUGCUUGCUGAGACAGCAGACGGGCUUUCAAGGGCGUCCGAACAAACCCACCGACACGUGCUACUCGUUCUGGGUUGGAGCAACGUUAAAGCUGUUAGACGCAUAUGAUCUCAUUAACCAACAUGCCAACCGCACCUUUGUGCUCAGCACUCAAGACACUGUGACCGGAGGGUUCGCAAAAUGGCCAGAUCACCAUCCAGACGCUCUCCACGCUUACUUUGGGAUAUGCGGUCUUUCUCUGCUGGGAGAGGAAGGUCUGGGAAAGAUGAAUCCGGCAUUGAACAUCAGCGAUGCAGCCGCGCAACAUUUAGACAAGAUCCACCAGACGUGGAGAGCCUCAUGACACCUCGAGUCCACCUCGUAGAUACGCCGCCCUUCAUGUUUUAAAACGUGAAGUAACAUCCGAGUGUCCAGUGUAUACAUGUGAUUGACACUCGAGUAGCAAACUUUAUUACUGUGAGCAUGCCUUACAGAGUUCAUCCAUUUCCCGCGCAUCUGUGUAGAUCGCUUGUCAAUUGUUUGGCUGCCGUAUGCAUUUCACUCUUUCCUAGAAUUUUUUUUGCGAGAGAUUUGAUGUUGAGGUUGCAGCAUAGGUGACGAUUUCUCUCAUUUAGAUGUGGCCAUGCCUCGUACUUAAUGUAUAAUUGGUGACUCUGGGUUUCUAAAGGCUUGUCAUUACAAACUGCAAGUCGACCCAGUAGAGAAUACUACUGAAUGUCAGUAUCUGGUGUUCCAGAGUUAGAAUGGGAAUGGGAAUUAUGCCAUACAUAUUUGUCUCAUUCUCGUAUGUCUUUUUUAAAAUUAAUUUAUCAGUGACAUUGUCACAUUGCAGUGUGAGCAAUACAGCAUUUCAUUGGCAUUGUAUUCUCAUUUCAGGCAGACAUUGUGCAUUAUAAAUGUUAUCAUUGCAUCACAUUUCACUCGCAUUUCAUUGUGGGGCCAUAUUUGGUUCAGACGUUCAUACGAUGUCUGUCGAACAGAUGUACUUAGAGUGCUUGUAAGCCAAAUUUUAUGAAGUGGAGCUAGCGUGUGUGUAAUUUUGCGUCGUUGUAAUGGAGGCUUGCAGUAUGGUUUGUAGAAUUAUCAUAGCAUUAUGACCAUAUUGUGAGCUAGUGAGGAAGUGGGAAGAGUGAUAUAGUCAUAAUAUUCAGUAGUUUAUCUCUCAUUGGCUUAACUCAUUUUAACCUCUUGAGAUAAAUAAGUAUCAUCCACCUAUAACUGUGUGUGUGUGUGUGUGUGUGUGUGUGUGUCUGGAGCCAUUGCAACCAUUACUUGCCUUGAAAGGUGCAAAUGUUUAAUAGCAUUCACGUGUAAACUGCUUCCGUAACUAAAACAUUACGAUCACUGAAAUAGUUGACAUUAUGGAAAAUGGCUGUACGAAAUUCUCGAGUUUCAGACAGUAGAACAACAUUUCCUCCACCUAAUUGUUUCUGUUUAUCUAUUUUUUUCCACUCCAUCCGUCCAUCUCUCCAUCUAGCCAUUAAUUGGUCCAUCCAAUCUUUAAGUAAUCAUUCUGAUGAUCAAUGAUUCUGAUGAUUAAUGAUUCAAUGAUUCUGAUUUCAAUGAAUGAAUGAAUGAAUGAAUGAAUUUCAAUGAUUCUGAUGAUCAAUGAUUACUCCAAGAUCCAAUUAUCUAUAUCUUCGUGUUUAUGUGAAUGUGUAAGCCAGACACUUUAUGAGUCUAAAGUUGUGUCACAAACCCUAGUCAUCGAAUUUUAUGAAGUCUGAUCAAUAUUAUUAUCCAUAUUAUUUCUAUAGUUGCUAAAGCCAUCAUUGCAUUAUGUAAUACAACGUAUACGACUAUAGUAGGCCCAUCAUUAUAACUAGAUGAGUAAAAUAUAAGACAAGUAUUAUAAUAAAUACACACACGCUGUGUGUUUAUUGCUGUGUCA